AUGUCUGACGUCGCCGAAACCAAGCCUGACCCCGCCACCAACGCCCCCGAGGGGACGAAGGCUGAGGAGCCCACCACCACCACCGAGCCAUCGAAGACGGAGGAGGUCAAGGAGGCAGCCGAAUCUGCCGCUGAGACAGUGAAGGAUGCGGCCACUACGACAUCCGACAGCGUCUUUUCCAUGUUCGGUGGCGGUCCUAAGAAGGAGAAGAAGGAGGAGGAGGAGGUAGACGAGCCCUCUGGCUCUUCCAAGGCCCAGAAGGCCGAGGAUGAAGAAGAGGCCCCUGAGUCUCCUGAAGUUCACUUCGAGCCCGUGAUCCGCCUCACCGAGACUGUCGAGACCAAGACCAACGAGGAACUCGAGGAGCAGACUUUCAAGAUGCGCGCCAAGCUCUUCAGAUUCGACCGCGACAGCAAGGAGUGGAAGGAGCGUGGUACUGGUGACGUUAGGCUGCUGAAGCACAAGGAGAAUGGCAAGACCCGCCUGGUGAUGCGCCGAGACAAGACCCUCAAGGUCUGCGCCAACCACUACAUUGUUCCCGACAUGAAAUUGAGCCCCAACGUCGGCAGCGACCGCAGCUGGGUUUGGAACGCUGCUGCUGAUGUUAGCGAGGGUGAGCCCGAGGCCUCGACCCUGGCCAUCCGAUUUGCCAACAGCGAGAACGCCAACCUUUUCAAGGACGCCUUCGAGAAGGCCCGGGAGGAGAACGAGAAGCUUCUCCAGCAGUAA